AUGAGAGAGCUCCGGAGACUGGUUCAGGGCAGGGUCCUGCUCCUGACCAUCUGUGCAGCUGGCAUUGGUGGAACUUUCCAGUUUGGCUACAACCUCUCCAUUAUCAAUGCCCCGACCUUGCACAUUCAGGAAUUCACCAAUGAGACGUGGCGGAUGCGAACCGGCCAGCCGCUGCCCGACCACCUGGUCCUGCUCGUGUGGUCCCUCAUCGUGUCCCUGUAUCCCCUCGGGGGCCUCCUGGGAGCGCUGCUCGCUGGGCCCCUGGCCGUCACGCUGGGAAGGAAGAAGUCCCUGCUGGUGAACAACAUCUUCGUGCUGGCCGCCGCGGGCCUGUUUGGCUUCAGCCGCAGAGCAGGCUCCUUUGAGAUGAUCAUGCUGGGAAGACUGCUUGUGGGCAUCAGCGCAGGUGUAAGCAUGAACGUCCAGCCCAUGUACCUUGGGGAGAGCGCCCCCAAGGAGCUCCGAGGGGCCGUCGCCAUGACCUCCGCCAUCUUCACCGCCCUGGGGCUCGUGAUGGGUCAGGUGGUCGGACUCAGGGAGCUCCUGGGUGGUCCGCAGGCCUGGCCCCUGCUGCUGGCCAGCUGCCUGGUGCCCGGGGCGCUCCAGCUGGCCUCCCUGCCCCUGCUCCCCGAAAGCCCACGCUACCUGCUCAUUGACCGUGGAGACCCCGCAGCCUGUCAGGCAGCGCUGCAGCGGCUGCGGGGCCCCGCGGACCUGGCCGGGGAGCUGGCGGAGCUGGAGCAGGAGCGCGCCGUCUGCCGGGGCGGGCGCGCGCGACGCCCAUGGGAGCUGUUCCGGGAGCGCGCGCUGCGGCGGCAGGUGGCCAGCCUGGUGGUUCUGGGCGGAGCCAUGGAGCUGUGCGGGAACGACGCGAUGUACACCUACGCUUUGGCCGUGUUCAGCCAGGCGGGGAUCUCGCAGGACAAGAUCCAGUACGUGGCCAUCGGGACCGGGGGCUGCGAGCUGCUGGCGACGCUGCUCAGCUGCCUGGUGAUUGAGAGGGCAGGCCGGCGGGUGCUGCUGACGGGGGGCUACGGCCUAAUGACCUGCUGGGGGAGCGUCUUCACGGUGGCCCUGUGCCUCCAGGGCUCCUUCUCCUGGAUGCCCUACCUGGCCAUGGCCUGCGUCUUUGCCUCCAUCCUCAGCUUUGGCAUUGGCCCUGCCGGGGUGACCGGGAUCCUGGCCACGGAGCUGUUUGACCAGAUGGCCCGGCCUGCUGCCUACAUGGUCUGCGGGGCGCUCAUGUGGACCAUGCUGUUCCUGGUGGGGCUGGCGUUCCCCUUCAUCAUGGAGGGCUUGUCCCACUUCAUCUAUGUGCCUUUCCUCUGUGUCUGCAUCUGCGCGGCCGUGUACUCGGGCCUCUUCCUCCCUGAGACCAGAGGCAAGAGCUUCGUGGAGAUCUCGGAGGAGCUGCACAGACUCAACUUCCCAGGGAGGGGCCGAGGCCCGGCGUGGGCUGGCCCCGAGGUCGUCAGGUCCACGGAACUGUAG